AUGGAUCUAUGCCUGGAGGCGCCGCGGAUUUGCCGGGGCUGGCGGCUUUUCUUGGUCCUCUUGCUUCUCACCCUCCUCUUUCGGGACCACCUGAGCUCCAUGCUGGACUGCCCGCCGACGUGCAGCUGCUCGCCCACCGAGAUCUAUUGCAAUAAGUCGGACAGCGGGCGCUUCUUCCCGCUGUUGGCGGUGCAGGAUGGAGCCAACGGCAGCGGAGCCGUGGACAUAGCUGACUUGUUCAAAAACAUCACGUCCAUACACAUUGAGAACUGGACGGGAUUGCAGACUUUACGGGAUGUGGACAUGGAACUCUACACUGGGCUGCAGAGACUCACCAUCAUGAAUUGCAACCUGAAGGUGAUCCAGCCCCGAGCCUUUGCUCAGAAUCCACACCUACGCUAUAUAAACCUGUCAAAGAAUCCUCUCAGCACUCUGUCCUGGCAGCUCUUCAAGCACCUUCAACUUACCGAGCUGCGACUGGACGGCGUGGUGUUCGACUGCGGCUGCAAUAUCCGCUGGAUCCAGCUGUGGCAGGAGCGAGGCGAGGCCAACCUUCACACGCAACAGCUCUCCUGCAGGAGCGGCGCUUCCAAAAUGAAGCUGCACCACAUGUACAUACAAAACUGCGACUUGCCAGAGAUCAGUGUGAGUCACAGCAGCGUGUUAGUGAUGGAAGGCGACAAUGUGACAGUGAGCUGUAAUGGAUCCGGAUCACCCCUGCCUGAAGUGGACUGGACUGUCAACGGCCUCAACUCCAUCAACACACACCAGUCCAAUGUUUACUGGCCCGACAUCCACUCCAUCAACCUGACGCUGUUCAACAUCAGCCGCGACGACAACAACUUCCAGCUGACGUGCAUCGCUGAGAACGUGGUGGGCAUGACCAACUCGUCUAUUCAGCUCAACGUGCAGUUUCCCCCGGUCAUCCUCCGCCUGGCCGAGCCCGAGCAGCGCCACGACACCUGCAUCGAGUUCACGGUGCGAGGUUACCCCCACCCGAAGCUGCGUUGGUUCCACAAGAACAAGGAGAUCCUGCACAACCAGUACAUCCGUACGGAGAUGGACUUCUACCAGGACUACCUAGAGGGCUGCCUGACCUUCCAGAACCCGACGCACAUCAACAACGGCAACUACACCCUGGAGGCUAGCAACUCGCUCGGGACGGUCACCAAGACGGUCUACGGGCAUUUCCUCAUGGCGCCCGGCAUUGAUGACGAAGUCCCCUCGGCGCCCACAGAUUCGGAUUCGGGCCGCCCGGACGAGGACACAUUUGGGGUCUCUAUCGCGGUGGGCCUGGCGGGCUUUGCCUGCGUCCUCCUCCUCGUCCUUUUCGUGCUCAUCAACAAAUACGGACGACGUUCCAAGUUCGGCAUGAAAGGUCCGGUGGCUGUGAUCAGCGGCGAGGAAGACUCAGCCAGCCCUCUUCAUCACGUCAACCACGGAAUUAUAACGCCGUGCACGCUUGACGCGGGACCGGACGCCGUCGUCAUCGGGAUGACUCGUAUCCCCGUGGUAGAAAACCCGCAGUACUUCCGACACGGACACAACUGCAACAAGCCCGCCACCCUGGUGCAGCAUAUUAAACGCAGAGACAUCAUCCUGAAGCGGGAGCUCGGCGAGGGAGCCUUCGGAAAAGUCUUCCUGGCCGAGUGUUACAACCUAAGUCCCACCAAGGACAAGAUGCUGGUGGCUGUCAAGACGCUGAAGGAUCCUAACCUGUCGGCGAGGAAGGACUUCCAGAGGGAGGCUGAGCUGCUAACCAACCUGCAGCACGACCACAUCGUCAAGUUCUAUGGCGUGUGCGUGGAUGGUGACCCCCUCAUCAUGGUCUUUGAGUACAUGAAGCACGGAGACCUCAACAAGUUCCUCAGAGCUCACGGCCCCGACGCCAUGAUCCUGGUGGACGGCCAGCCGCUACAGUCCAACGGCGAGCUAGGCCUCUCCCAGAUGCUGCACAUCGCCUCCCAAAUCGCGGCGGGCAUGGUCUACCUGGCCUCGCAGCACUUUGUCCACCGAGACCUGGCCACCCGCAACUGCCUGGUGGGCAACGGCUUGCUCGUCAAGAUCGGCGACUUCGGCAUGUCGAGGGACAUCUACAGCAGUGACUACUACAGGGUCGGAGGACACACCAUGCUACCCAUCCGCUGGAUGCCUCCCGAGAGCAUCAUGUACAGGAAGUUCUCCACAGAGAGCGACGUGUGGAGCUUUGGUGUUAUUUUGUGGGAGAUCUUCACAUACGGCAAGCAGCCUUGGUUUCAGCUAGGUAACAACGAGGUCAUCGACUGCAUCACGCAGGGUCGCGUGCUGGACCGACCCCGCGUUUGCCCCAAGGAGGUGUACGAUAUCAUGCUAGGCUGCUGGCAGCGUGAGCCGCAACAGCGGCUCAACAUCAAGGACAUCCAGAAGGUCCUGUUCGCCAUGGGGAAGGCCACGCCCGUCUACCUUGACAUCCUGGGCUAGAGACUCAUCCAGUACGGGAAUAGCCAAACCGAUCACCCCCCCCCCCCCUCCCGCCUGCGUCACU